GAGAGGGUCUCGCAGCGACUGUACCAGCUGGGGUUGACGCCCAGCCCCUACCAGUGGACAGAGAGGCUGAAUGAGCAGCUGACACCCUUUGUCCUGAUAGACCCAGAGACGCAGGAAGUUCCUUGGCCAGGACCCGCUUCGGCUUUGUCGUGGUUGGAAGGAAACUUCAGUGAUGUCAUCCUUCCUGCGUUUGCCGCGGCGAAUGAUGCGGGUGCCUGGCAGGAGCACGACGAAGGCUUGCAUAAUGCUGGUCACUGGGAGCUCGCGUGGAUCUGGCAAGACGACAAAUGCGAAGCUAAGUGGCAUCCGAAGGUGUGCGAUCUGGUCCAAGAUAUUCAGGACAUCUGGCCCGCGAGAGAAGCGCUGCUCUCCGCAAGAUUUUCGCGCAUGAACCCCAACACGGAGGUUAUGGACCACACUGCGGCAACCAACCAACGCAUCAAGAUUCACUGCGGCGUUUACAACCCGAGCAAUGUUACCAUGUUCAUCGCAGACCAGGAGCUAACGUGGCGUCGAGGGCACUGCGUCCUGCUGGAUGACAGCUACGGCCAUCGCCUGGCCACCGCAGCCACGGACGAGCCGAGAACCAUCUUGGAGAUCAAGAUCUACCACCCAGACUUGGCUUGGGCCGACUGCCUCGACGAUGAUGGUGCUCUGGAUGAUGACUGCCCACACCAGGUGAAGGCUGUUGCAGUGUCAUCCAACAAGAUACCCAGGGAAGGAGUUGGAAUAUUCAUAUCUCCCAUCGUGACCUACGUGCACAUCGGCGGGACGCGGAGCUGGCCGCAGGUGCAGAGACGACUGCGAUCAUUGGUGUCGGUGAUGCUUGAGCGUGUCGCGGACUGUGAAGGCGGUGUCGUCUACGGCAAUGGCUACAUACGCCUCUUCAGCGGGAGUCACCUGUUGUGCACCGGGUACUUCUACGCAUUCAAGGCUAUCGACGCUGUGGACGAUGAGCACUUCCCGCUAGAUUCGCUCCGCGACAUGUCCCUGGCGUUUGGCGUCUCGCACCUCCCGGGCGGGCACAAGCUCGGCAUACGUACCAUGUACGCCUACGAAAUCCCAGGAACAAUCCUAAUCGGGUACGGGAAGCAUGUCGUGGACAGUGGAGAGUGGUUCACCCAGACUGCCUGGGAUCCGAAGUCCUUGGUCGUGGGAGACGUGGUCGGAGUCCACAUCAACCCUUUGGGAGACCUGAUCGUGUGGGUUAACGGUGAGCAGGUCCUUCGGACUGUCACCAGCCUCACGGAGGGCAAUCGAAAUGACUUGAACCCGCGGCGCAAG